AUGGAGAGUUCUACAACCAUUGUUGGCCUACGGGGGGAGAAGAGUCCAGAGGUCCCGCUGUUCCUGAACACAGAUCAUCUAGAUGCCCAUAACAAUGCAUCCAGAGCGGACCAGGAAGACUCUGUGCUGUCCGACUUUUACGAGCAUUCCGUUGCUGUACACGAGACCUCUGAAAUAUCCAUCUCCGGGAUGCGCACCGAGGACUCCCUGCAGGACAGUGAGUUAUGCGCUAUCAGCCUGGAGACUUCGGGCAGCAUUUCAUCCGGUGGCGAGGCAGAGGCGCUCGAUCCUCCCCGCCUGCCCAGGAUUCUGGGCCCGCUUACAGAUCUGCAGGAUCUCCCCUCUGCAAGAUAUCUCGAUUCGAUCGCCCCACAGACCAUGACAGUCAAUCUCAUCGUCGGGGUGCUAGCCGUGCACCCGCGGCGGCGCGUGGUGACGCGGCAGUGGAAACGCGAAAUGGACAUUGUCGAGCUGGUCGUGGGGGACGAAACACGGGCUGGGUUUACGGUCAGUUUCUGGCUGUCACCGAAAGAACCGGUGAACGAGAAGGAGGAUCGGCUGAGCCGGUCAUUGGCCACUCUCCGCCCUGGGGACAUUGUCCUCCUGCGCACCGUAGGGCUGAGUUCAUUCCGGGAUCGCGUUUACGGGCAGAGCCUGCGUCGGGGCAUGACGGCGCUCGAUCUGUUGCACCGCAAAUUGGUGGAUGUGACGGAUGCAGGCGGGUUUUACAAUGCGCCCACGGACCCUCGUGACAGCACUGCUGCGGUUGACCUGUCACUGCAGAAAGUAGGCCGAGUCCGCGAAUGGGUGUUGCGCUUUGUGAGUGCGACGGAUGGAGCAGGCGGUGAUGGGCUAGGAAUGCCGGGUGUGCAACAACGUGGGCGGCUGCCCCCGGACACGCAGUAA